AUGAUGGUAGUAUAAAUUUUAUCCAAAACAUGAAAAAUAAUAAUUUGUAAAAUGUAUUUAUAUCAUCAGAUCCAAAAUGAAAGGAAUUCUUAACAUCACCUUCCUUCGGAACUUUUGAAAAGCUAUUGCCAAGGAUUAUUUAAUUAAGAAAUAAAUCUAUAUGGGAUGCCCACCAUUUAUUAGUAUAUCUUAAUUUGUAAAGAUUCUUAGAUGGUUUUUUUCUCAAGCAUUCAAAGUAAACACAUUUUCUAAAUAUCAAAAAAAUGCAGAGCUUUGAUUUUAUAUAUAUAGGGAAAAUUAAAAUUAGCACAGAAUACGAUUGGUAGAUAAUUAAAAAAAAACGUGAAUCAUUCUCAUUUACAUAGAAUUAAAGUUGUGAUAUUAGUAUUAAAUGCCCAAAUGCAGAGCAUAAUAAGGGUGUCAAAUUAGUAUGUUUUGAGGAAUCUUGUAAAGGGUAAAGAUUAUAUUGUGAUGAAUGUAUAAAAAUUGGAAAUCAUGCUUCCCACCCUCAACAUUAGAAGAAUUAUCAUUGUUAUUUGA